AUGGAAAUACACUGUAAGCACGACCCGUUUGCAUCCAUGCAUAGACAUGGAGGAGUGAAUCAGCUUGGGGGGGUUUUUGUGAAUGGACGGCCACUCCCGGAUGUAGUCCGCCAAAGGAUAGUGGAACUUGCUCAUCAAGGUGUCAGGCCCUGCGACAUCUCCAGGCAGCUUCGAGUCAGCCAUGGUUGUGUCAGCAAAAUCCUCGGCAGGUAUUAUGAGACGGGGAGCAUCAAGCCUGGGGUAAUUGGAGGAUCCAAACCAAAGGUUGCCACACCCAAAGUGGUGGAAAAAAUCGCUGAGUAUAAACGCCAAAAUCCCACCAUGUUUGCCUGGGAGAUCAGGGACCGGCUGCUGGCGGAACGGGUGUGUGACAAUGACACGGUGCCCAGCGUCAGUUCCAUCAACAGGAUCAUCCGGACAAAAGUACAGCAGCCACCCAACCAGCCGGUCCCAGCUUCCAGUCACAGCAUAGUGUCCACCGGCUCCGUGACGCAGGUGUCCUCGGUGAGCACGGACUCAGCCGGCUCCUCCUACUCCAUCAGCGGCAUCCUGGGCAUCACAUCCCCCAGCGCCGACACCAACAAGCGCAAGAGAGAUGAAGGUAUUCAGGAGUCUCCUGUGCCGAACGGUCACUCACUGCCGGGCAGAGAUUUCCUCCGGAAGCAGAUGCGGGGAGACCUGUUCACGCAGCAGCAGCUGGAGGUGCUGGACCGCGUGUUUGAGAGGCAGCACUACUCGGACAUCUUCACCACCGCAGAGCCCAUCAAGCCCGAGCAGACCGCCGAUUAUUCCACCAUGGCCUCGCUGGCUGGAGGGCUGGACGACAUGAAGGCCAACCUGACCAGCCCUACCCCUGCCGACAUCGGGAGCAGCGUGCCGGGGCCGCAGUCCUACCCCAUUGUGACAGGCCGCGACUUGGCGAGCACGACCCUCCCUGGGUACCCUCCGCAUGUCCCCCCCGCCGGACAGGGCAGCUACUCAGCGCCGACACUGACAGGGAUGGUGCCUGGGAGUGAGUUUUCCGGGAGCCCCUACAGCCACCCUCAAUAUCCCUCGUACAACGACUCCUGGAGGUUCCCCAACCCGGGGCUGCUCGGCUCCCCGUACUAUUACAGCGCCGCUGCCCGAGGAGCCGCCCCGCCCGCAGCUGCCACGGCCUACGACCGUCACUGA